AUGACCGCCCACCUCCCCGACAUCCCCUUCCCCUCCACCAUCGCCGAGCCCGGCUCCUCUCCCGCUUCCUCCAACGGCAGAGGCCCCUCUGAAAUGUGCUUCUUCAUCGAGUACAUCCGGCAAUGUCGCAUCCUCGGCGAGAUCCUCUCCCACGUUUACCAGCCCUCGGCCGGUGGACAACAACCAACCCAAACCCAAAACCCUCAUCAACAGCAUCAACAACACGGCCUGGGUUUAGGGCAGGGAAUGGGAGGACAGGGACAACAGUCGUGGUUUGGUCGGGAAACACACGGGAUGGAUGCUAUUCUAGGGUUGGAUGCUAAAUUGACCCGGUAUGAGACGGAGUUGCCAGCGAUUAUGUCGUGGAAGGCGCCGUGUGAUAUUAGUGGGUUGGAUGCGGAGCGGAAGUUGAUUAUUGCCACGCAGCGGACUGUUCUUCGUGGGAGCUUCCUCUACCUCCGCCUAAUGCUCCACCGGCCCAUCCUAACCCAACUCUGCGCCAACACCGAAAGCACCUCAAGUCCCACAAACCAAACCACCACCGCAACCUCCACCGGUUCAGGGCCAGGAACAGGAACAGAAGCACCCAGCUCACCGUUACUCCUCCGCACGGGAAGUGCAGCAGUCUCGGCCGGGCGGGAACUGUUUACGUCGUUCGCAGCGGGGUGUGCCAAGAUCUGCUUGGGCGCGGCCGUGGAUUUGAUUGAGUUGGUGCAUAGUACUUAUUUGACGAAUACGUCGGGCGGGUGGUGGUGGGAUGGGUUGUACGCCUUCACAGCCGGCCUGGCCGUCAUCGUCGGCUAUCUCUCGCCCUCACUGCUUGCGUCGAUGGACAAACAACGGCUGGAACGGUCGUGGAUGCGGUGUCAGGAGAUUCUGGCGCAUUUUACCUCGUUUAGUGUAUCUGCGCAGCGGUCGUUGAGGUUGUUGCAAAAGGUGCAUGGGGAUGUUAUGUCGCGGUGUUCUGACCAAGAACUACCCCUGGGACUCCCAGCCAUGUCAGCGGGACCCAUCGGCCCCGGCGAGGCCGCGAUGGCGGGACAGCAGGCGGGGUUUCACAUGAACCCGGAGGAUAUGCCGCUGGACUUGGGCAGUGGGUUUCAGUGGCAGAUGCCGGGGUCGGAUAUGAUGGGGGCGGGGCUGGUGUUCAAUUGGGAUCAGUCGUUGGAUAUGAUUUCCGGAGGGUUGGGGAUGGAUUUGUAUCCGUGA